AUGAAGCACAGCAAGCUCCAAACCCAUGUCAUGCGAGUCCGAGCGGCCAUUGAAAACUCUUCUAGGGCCCAGAACGCCGUCCCCAUUCCCGGAUUAGGCUCUCGUUCUAGUUCUACCGUGGAGCACGACACACCUUCGGCCAUCACGGUUCCUGACGCCAUGGCGAUCGAUCAGGCCCUUGACGAAGCCAACGUUGAUGUACUUGACGAAGAUUUCGCCGACGAUAUGACAAGAUCAGAUGACCUUCAGUCUCUGUAUGACCCAUCUCAAAGUCCGGGUCUUGGUUUGCCACCGUCUAGACAGUCGAGUGUGGACCUUGACCGAUUCCUGGAGGCGGAAGGAUCCGAUUCGGAGAUAUCUGCGGCACCGGGACCUGAAGACGAGCCCACUUCGGCUAUAGAUGCUUGGCUUCCAUGGUAUCCUCUCCGCAAGAAAGAGCAUGUGGCCGCCUUGUUGCUGUUGGGCACUGGUCGCAACUUACUGUCCACUGCACAGUACAAACGCAUCCGGUGCAUUCUCAAAAAGGUGCUGAAUGUUGAUUUGCCCGACCUUGGCCACAUAAAAUAUAUUCGCACUGAGCUCAAGGAACGCCUUGGCCUUAGGGUCUUAGACAGAAUAAGUCCGCACGGAAACCCUUGUUUCACGCUCUCAGUCACGGAUAUUAUAUCACAAGAGCUGUCAAACCCUGAAUCAGCCCCCCACAUCGAAUUCAUCCCGGAGAACGAUCAAGGGGUCACCAUUGACCGUUACUCUCAAUCGAAGAAGUGGCGUGAAGACCUACCACGGAAUCUUAGAGUGCCUAUGGUCAACGUUUAUGGAGAGCACUUUUACAUAUACGAACCUUGCCAGCUGGAAGACUCACGCGUGGUGGUUCCGAUUUUUUUCUAUAAAAAGAAUUCAAUUAUACAUGCAAAAUGUUUGGAGGUUGUACCCACUUGUCAAGGGUCUCAUGAUUUCAUCAUUCCUGCCGAGCCACAAUUUGAUUCAGACACUUAUUUGGACAUGAAUGUAGAGAAAUUUGCGAGAUCUUUCAUGCAAAUAGAACUGUGGAAUGGUCUGAAAUGUGUCUUCUAG